AUGACUCGCCUCGCAGUUUGCGUGCGGGUGAAGCUACAUCUUGACCGGGAGGUUGUCAGACAAAAUCUACAAGACAGUUGGGAUGCCCGCUGGGGGGCAGAGGCGCUCUACCAGGUUGCAAAGCGGUCCACGGCAAGGACUCGACAGGAGUGGGCCGAAGACAAGGCUGUCCUGAAACUGGCCGAGAAGCUCAAGGAACAGGCAGCUUCCGGAAGCGACGUGGACAUCACCCUGCUGACCCUGGAGGCCCUCAGGAGGAUGGCGCUCCAGGAGCCAGAGGAUCAGAAGCCGGUCAUCGAGCGCGUCCUCGCUCUCAUGGUGGAACGCAACUGGCGCCACUCUGCAAAGAGUUUGGCGCGGCUUUUCUGGCUCGGUGCACCUCUGAAGGGCGAAGGCUCCCUCAAGAAGCAUUUCGAGCCCAAGUCCUUGCCGUCUCAGCUUCGCUCGAAGCAGACAGACCUCGACGGGCCGGACUUGGCCCUGAUACUGGCCGCCAUGAAGGGCGAGAAGGGUGUGAAAGACACUGCCCUCCAAUCAAAGGUGGUCCUGCGACUGAAAGAGAAAUUCAUCCAUCGCGGCCUUUCCGCAACGGACAUUGUGGAAAUGGCGGAGGCCCUGCAGGACUUGGGCGUCCAAGAUGAGGCAGCUCUGCGGCCACUCGGCCAGGAAGCCCUGCGUCGGCGAGGUGAGCUGACUCCCGAUGAGUCACACCGUAUCCACACUGCCUACCAGGCGAUGCAGCUGCCUCUGCCGAAGGUGUGGGAUACGCCCGGCAGCAUGAAGACAAAGAACACAGCAGAUGGCAAGAUCACCACACAGGCCUUUGCUUUACAAGACGGGCAUGAGAAGAAGCGGCACGGCAACAACGACUUCGAGAGAACGUCUCCACCCAGAGUUGUCCGAGACAUGAAGAUGUGCUCGUACUGA